GAUAUAAAAACCAACGUCGGCAACGUAGGCAUUUAGAAAAAUCACUUUAUCGACGUCGAUCAAGUUUCUCAAUAUGUUUCACUUCACCUUAACAUUUAACCUUAACGCGAUUUUCUCCACGGUUUUUGGGGGAAGUGAUCAUUAGACGUUUGAAAUCAAGUGUUAGGGCGAUUUUCGGGGAUAAUUAUAUAAUAGAAAGCGAAAUGUGUGCUCUAGUCAGCCACUAUGAACAUUGAUAACAAGCCUCAAUGCGCCUUGUAGUCUAGCAUCAAACGGACCUCUGUAGAUAGACUUUCUAUUUUUUUUAAUUUUUUUUUCCUUCCGAAACUCUCCUACUCAUUUUAUCACGGUCAUGUUUCGUUUCGUCUCGUCCAGAUGAUAUCGAAUUGUUGUAACAUUCCAAUGUUCAAUAACUACUAGAUGACGUAAAGGAAUAAUUUUUGUUUCUCGAAUAUUUGACACUCGUUUCGGUUACUUCGAAUGGGAAAUUCCUUGUUUGAGAUCGAUCAAAAUGCCCGACAUUAAUUCCGGGUGGUACAAAUACUGUCUCGCGACUGAAAUAAGUCGCUGUUACUAAUCGAAUCUACCUUGCUCCUGUUUGUCAAAAUUUUAUGCUAAUUUAACACCGAUAUCGAACGAGUGGUAACACUCGACUUAGUGUGUACUCGAGAUGCCUAGAUGGAUAUUAUAAUCGAAAGCUGGCACUAUUUCUCCUCUCUGGACUUCUUUUAAAAGAGUUCGAGGAGGGGAUCUCUACUUGGAAGGAAUUAACCGACUCGAUCGAUACCUAAAUACCUAGGCAUUUAUUUUUUUAACAAUCUUACGUUGUGUAUCUUUAAAGUUAUGUGGAAGUGGCAUCGAAGAGGUCAUUUAUGAGACUUUUCCCAGAACUGGGUGUACCGAAUCGUAUCAAAUUUUACAGUAAAUAAUUUGGAGGUUAUGAAGAAUGUCUCGACACCCAUAAAAUUUCAAUUUUUUUUUUUUAUAAGAAAUGAAAUUUUAUGCGUCUCGGGGCCUUUCUCAUGACCUACAUAUUCACGGUGUAAAGUUUGAAAAUGUUUGGUACACCCUGCUUGUGAGAAAAGUUUUGUCGACUGGGCCUCUUCCGUGCCCCUUUCGUAUCACCUUAAGGCAGAGUACCCGACAAACGCUUGGCAUUAAAUCAAAUUUUACGCCAAUUAUAGAUAACAUUAGAUUACGUACAUCAUAUUAAUCUAAGGUGUAUUAUUAUAGUUAUUAUAAUUAUCAUUACUAUUAUACGUAAAAUGGAGUUGUCACUUCCAUGAAGAACGUGUGCUUGACUAUUAAUAUAUAUAUAUUUAUCGUUACAUAAGGACGAAUCUGUAAGUGCUGUGCGUGAACAUUGAAAUUGUCGAAUCUCUAAUACCCUUCCAGUCCUUGAAACACAACCAAAAUGAACUUCUGCGAUCUUUAGUAUUUUAUUUUUCAUCGUAAGAGCAAUAUUUGAUGAUAAUUCGUGGGCAUUUAUCUUUUAAAAUUAUAUUACCGUCGAUUUGAUGUUAUGCACAUUAUCUUCGUGUCUUUGAAAUGAAAGCUUUCGUUGAGCCGAAGUGUUUCAUAUGCAUACGUAUGACCGGAACAAUUGUUUUAACACUUGUGACUAAACCUACACAACAGUACUCUGUGGAUUAGUCGGCUAUAAAUAUGACGAGUUUUACCCUAGGAGGAUUAGGAGAGUUAGGAACGAAGCAAGGUGACGGGGAAGAAUUCUGUCUUCUUUGUACGAUCAAAAUUAAUGAGUAUAUGUACUAUCAUUGUACAUGUUACGUCGAGGUACCAUUUCGUUUGUUAAUCGGAAUGGAAGUUAGGGUACUAUCGUUUAACUUUCAAGUAGCAAGUAAAAUGCAUCGUUCUUAAACUUCUUGUUCCAAUGAAAUAAAGACGCGUAUGUAUUCCAUAUGAAGGUAUUGUUAUUCACUGAUGUAGCUUUCGGCGAGGGGAACAUCUCGUCCAUAAGAGACGAUUAAAGCACUCAACGAUUUUUAUCUAUAUUGUUUCUCCAGAGACUGAGAGUGCUCACUAUUUAAUAUAAUUCAUUUUCUCUCCCAAUUUUAAUUCCAAUUACUGCGAACAUUAACGCAUAUUUUCACUGAAAACAUCUGAUAUUCACCAGAACCAAUGAGGGACAAGGUGCAAGCGCAGAUGUUCCGAAGUUAGGUUAGGUUAGGUUAAGUCGGCAGUCACGCACAGGCGGGUGAAACCAUGGACUAGGGUAGGAUAUUCAUCCCACUGCGCGUGCGCGUCGACACGUCGAGAGUGAGGAACCAAUCAGAAUCGAGCUUUACACUUGUCAAAUUUUUUCCGCGAUUCUGAUUGGCCGGUUAGGUUGCCGCGCUCGGAAUGGUAGGUGCUAUAGGGGUCGCCAAUAGUUUCCGACAAGGGCACUCGAGAGUGAAGAAAACCUCACAUAACCUCACAUAACCUGUUCGCCGAGCGCGACGUGUCGAGACACGCAUUUCGUCGCUUCUGAUGUCCUUUGGCUAGUUUUCCUGCCGGCGAAGAGAAAGAACAAAACGGGACCAUUUGGAGAAGUCGACGAACCGCGUUGGCGCGUUCACGCUGGCGGAAAGGUUAUGGAUAACUUUUUUAAGAUCGAAAAGAUUGGCGAAGGAACCUAUGGCGUUGUUUACAAAGCGAAGGAUAAGCUGACCGGGAAACUGGUGGCCCUUAAAAAGAUACCCUUGGAAACGGAAAGCGAGGGCGUGCCAUCCACUGCCAUUCGAGAGAUAUCGCUGCUCAAGGAAUUGGUUCAUCCAAAUGUGGUUCAGUUGUUGGAUGUGGUGGAAGGCGAGAAACACCUUUACCUGGUAUUUGAAUUCCUUCAACAGGAUCUUAAGAAAUUAUUGGACUCGGUGAAAACUGGCUUGGAACCGAUGCUAGUUAAGAGUUAUUUAUGGCAACUGCUCAAAGGCAUCGCCUUCUGCCAUCUUCAUCUCACUCUGCACAGAGACUUGAAGCCUCAGAAUUUAUUGAUCGACCGAGAAGGUUUCAUCAAGCUGGCUGAUUUUGGACUCGCCAGAGCCUUCGGCGUUCCUGUCAGAACUUAUACACACGAAGUCGUGACUUUGUGGUAUCGGGCUCCUGAGAUUCUUCUAGGCACAAAGUUGUAUUCUACUGCGGUCGAUGUGUGGAGCCUCGGCUGUAUUUUUGCAGAGAUGGCAACAAGGAGGGCUUUGUUUCCCGGUGACUCGGAGAUAGAUCAGUUGUUUAGGAUAUUUCGCACGUUAGGCACUCCGGAUGAAACAAUGUGGCCUGGCGUUUCCCAACUUCCUGAUUACAAGUCGAUGUUUCCAAGAUGGGAAGCUCGCAGCUUGGAGGAAGUCGUGCCUUCGUUCGAUGCAGAUGCCAAAGAUUUGCUCCGCAAACUGUUGACCUACGACCCCAACAAUAGGAUACCGGCAAUGUCAGCACUGGAGCAUCCAUACUUCCAUGGAGUGAAAUUGGUACCUCCGCCACUUCCAAAGAAAGACUGAACGUCGCUAUAAUUUUCUCUCAUUACAUUUAGCCGUAGACCGUAUUUAAGAUUAUCGUUAAGUAAGGUAAAUACAGUGAGAAUUUGAAUACUGCGUGUACAAACUCUCAUUAUUAGUCGAGGAGUGUCGAGGCGUCCGGGUUAAGUCCAAGAUGCUUUUCUUCGUUUAUUUCUCUUUCUUUCUUUUCUUUCCACGUGAAGUGUUGGAAAUUAUUUAUCACGGCGCUCGCAGAGACCUAGCCUUUUGUAAAGAAACAUAGAAAGCGUUCAAGUGUUGAUAAUAUAUUUUAUUUUUGUAAGUCGACUUAUUACAGUUACCAGAAGGGAAUUCGA